GAUUAUUUAAGAGCACCCCACAAACUCCUCUCAAAAAUAAUGUUAAUAACAUAUACAUACACAUAUAGAGCAAUACCCGUAAACUAAAUAGUAUCCAUAUCUAUACAUACACAUAUACAGCUCAAUACCCACAAGUUACACAGUCAUCAAGGUCUGGUUUUGUCUAGUAGAGAAGUAGUAGCCGACCUUUCUGAAAGCAAGGACGAUUCUUUGAUCAACAAACAGAGGCAACAUGCACAAAUUCGUAAACUUUCAACGCGUGAGUGCGCAAUGCAGUCAAUUCUGCACGCCUAUACCCAAGGCCAUUGCUAAGCAAAAAAUCCACACAAUCAGCACAAAGCCUAUAACAUGCAGCCUAAGUGGUUUGAUAGGUCAUACGAAGAGUAUUAGGAGUGUAUCAGUUCUCAAGUAUGGGAAUACACUGACCUACCCGACUGUACUUGGUUCCGCGGGUGUGCUGUCAUCUUAUACUCGAACGUUUAGUACUAAUAACGCCUUGUAUAAGGCGAACACCGCGAGAGGUGCUCGGAAUAAGACUAAGCACGAACACGUGGACCUAAAGAGUACCCAGAGUGCGUCAUAUGUAUCAAAUGCUCCACAUGAAAAGACGCAGGAUAAAUCAAAUCCAGCAACAACACCGAUAGCAACAGAGGGCACAGGCUUAUUAGAUAAGAUCAAGGAAAGAAUGGGUAAAAGCAAGAUGGUAGGAUUUGUUAAACAGUAUGGGAUAGCCUUCUUGAUUUGGUAUGAGGCUGUCUGGCUUGGAGGAUUUGCUGUACUGAGCUGCGCUAUACACUUGGGCGUUAUAGGCGGAGCCGAUGGGCUGGAGCUGCUCACGUCCGUCGGUGUAGAUAAACUGGUCAGUCUGGACAGUUUAGACCCGAAAAUGGGGAGUGCAGUGGUUGCUGCGGGCUUUAACGAACUCUUGGAACCCAUCCGAUUACCUCUGGUCAUCAAAACAACACCGUGGAUCAAGGAGAAGGUCGCCAAAAUUAUAGCUAUAUAUAGGAAGUGAAAACAUAAACGUAAACGUAUUCUAGAUCAUUCAGAUGUCUUCGGCUGUUCGCGUAUAGUUCGACCUCUUUAUUUGAGCUGCAUCUCGAGUGAGGUAUAUCAUAAGUUAUAUAUAGGAAGUAAAAACACAAACGUAAAC